AUGUUCGGCAUCUUUGCGGACUUGAUGUCCUCCGUGAUUACCAUCCUCUUCCCCGUCUUCGCGUCCUACAAGGCCCUGCGCUCGUCCGACCCCUCCCAACUCGCUCCAUGGUUGAUGUAUUGGGUGGUGCUGUCCGUGAUCCUGCUGGCAGAAUCGUGGACGGUGUUUAUUAUCGGAUGGUUCCCGUUUUACAGCUGGAUUCGUCUCUUUUUCCUGUCCUAUCUGGUCCUUCCCCAGACGCAAGGGGCGCGCCUGCUCUACCAGGACUACGUGGAUCCCUUUCUCGCACAUCACGAACACGAGAUCGAAGAGCUGAUCGGACGCACCCAUGAACGCGCCAAAACCCUGGGCCUGCAGUACUUCUCGAUGCUGGUCGAAAUGAUCCGGGAGAGAGUGCUGCGUCUUCCCCCACAGCGUCCCGUGACACCGCCACCCACGGGUCCAGCGGGCUACGCGCAGUCGCUGCUGUCGCGGUUCAACCUCCCCAGCGCGGCGGUCUCAUCCGCCGCCCCGGCCAAUGAUUGGUACUCGGCCCUCAGUUCCGCCAUCGGCUCGGUCACGUCCCCGGGCAAGUCGCGCGAAGCACGCGCCGAGGAGCUGUCCGCCAGCGGCACCCUGCUGCAGCAGAAGAUGGAGACCAUGUCGCGCACCGAGAAGGCGCAGUAUAUAUCCGCCCAGCGGGAGACGCUGGAUUUUCUGCGCUCGACCCUGGCGAGGGAGGAGCAGACCCUCGGCGAGGAUCCCGAAACAGACGAUUUGGCCUAUGGAGCGCCGUUACACAAGAAUCGCAGCGACCUCUCGUUUGAUGUGGUCGACGAUGACGAUCUUGGCAGUCGAUCUGCCAGCUCCAAGCGCGCCUCUGGUGGCCGAUGGACCUCCGGCUGGUUCGGCGGCAACGACCACGACUCGUCGGGCUCGUCGGGCGCGGAGUUUGCGGCGCGAGCCGUGGAUGAGAUCUCCCGGGCGCGAACGUCUGGUUUUGAUCGCUAUUGA